AUGGAGGUCCGGGGCCGCGUCCGGUCCGAUGCCGAGUGCGGUGGCAGUGCCGUCGGUCCCGUGAUGUCGCGUCUAAAUCAGUUUUCGGCGGCUUCUCGGGAAUGGCCUGCUCAGCUGCUCGGUGAGGCCGCGAAUCAGAUGCCAUCCAAGCCUUUCUGUCUUCGCAUGGGCGAGCUGAAGGAGACAGGAGUCAUCGGUACGGGCUUCUCCUCUGCUCACUCCGCACACGCGCAGCUUCCAGUUCACACGGCAGCGGACGACUUGUUCCAGGGACGGCUUGAAAGAUCGUACCCUCUGAGUGCGCAUCCCGGUGUGGCCGCUGGGUACGGUGUUUGGCUGCUUAGCAGGAACGCCAAAAGCCCUUUGGCUUUCCGCUGA